AUGAAAGGUCCCUGUACUACAGUGUGUCUAGCCCUGGCUUCCUUUGGUCGCUUGGCCGUUGCCAAGUCUGGUUCUUGGUCUGGCACCAACAACUACUUCCUACAAGGCAUGUCAGACUCCGCUCAGGACGCGUACAUCCAGACCUUGUCCUCCUACAACACCAAAGUUGUCAGGCUUUGGGUCAAUCAAGCUAGCAAGGGCUGCCAGAAAGGGAGCCAGAUUGUCAGGGAUAUCCCACAGUUGGAGACUACUAUCGGGCAGUACAACAAGGUCACUUUGGAUGAGGUUGAUAAGCUUCUGGUGAAGUUGUCGGAUAAGAAUAUCAAGGCUAUCAUCUCGCCCCAUGACGCCAACUCCCUGAUUGGAGAUUACAGAAAGGACGCCUAUUGGGCUCGUUGGGGCGCCGGGUAUUUCUAUGAGAGGCAAGAUGCCUUUGAUGCAUACGACGCUCGCCUGUCGUACAUUCUCAACUACAAAGGCGCAUACUCCGGCAAAGUCUGGAAGAAUUGGCCUCACGCUAUCUUCAGCUUCAACCUUCAAAAUGAACCCAUGACUCCUGGACCUAGCAACUGCAAGAACGGUGAUCCUUCAGGCUGGGCGUGCGGCCGUGCUACCUUCAUGCGCAACGCAGGAUUGGACAGCCAUAUCCUGAUUUCCACUGGUGGCCUGGGUGGUGACUUUUCCCACGGCUGCACCUUUCUCCCCGCCGUGACCCAGUGCAAGGCAAUCGAUGCCAUUUCCGUCCACCGCUACGCGAGCGUCCCUGGCAAGUGGAGCGCCAACUUACCCAGCUGGCUGAGCCAGGCCAACGGGAAGAAGGUCUUCCUCGAGGAAUGGGGAGUUGAUUCGCAAAAGUAUGAUCAGAAAUCGUCAUUCGUCUCGGAAGUGAAUGAUAUGAAUUCUGCUGGUCUGCCGAACCUGUACUGGCAACUUCUUCCGCCGACAUCUGGAGGCUGUAGCUACAACCCCAAGGAUGAUGCUGGUGAUCCUUUUGGCAUCUAUACCAACUCUGGGGUUAACUUGGCGGGUCCCAUCAAUGGGGCUACCUCAUCCGGGGCUGCGCAAGACUGGACUGGCAGUCUUUACUAA